AUGAAAUUCCUUGUGCUGGCUGCUCUGCUUACAGUGGGUGCUGCUGAGGGGGGCGUCAGCCCGCGGGCAGUGUGGCAGCUCCGCAACAUGAUCAAGUGUACGAUCCCCGAGAGUGACCCCGUGAGGGAUUACACCGACUACGGCUGCUACUGUGGCCUGGGUGGAUCCGGCACGCCUGUGGAUGAACUGGACAAGUGUUGCCAGACACACGACCACUGCUACUCACAAGCCAAGAAACUGGACAGCUGUAAAUUCCUCCUGGACAACCCCUACACCAAAACCUACUCAUACUCAUGCUCUGGCUCUGAGAUCACCUGCAGCGAUGAAAACAAACCCUGUGAGGCUUUCAUCUGCAACUGCGACCGCAAUGCUGCCAUCUGCUUUUCAAAGGCCCCAUAUAACAAGGAGCACAAGAACCUGGACACCAAGAAGUACUGUAAGAAUUGA